AUGGCAGUUCCCAAAAUCACCAUUUUGAUAUCUGGAAAUGGCUCUAAUUUUCAAGCGAUUAUUGAUGCUAUAAAAUCCGGAGAAAUUGAAGCUGAAAUCGACCAAGUAAUUUCAUCCUCUCCAACUGCUUAUGGUUUAGAAAGAGCUUCGAAGGCUAGCAUUCCAUCAAAAGUUCAUCAAUUAAAGGAUUAUUAUAAGGGAAUUCCAAAGGAAAAUAAAGAAGGAAGAAAAAUUGCAAGAGAAAAGUUCAAUGAUGAUCUAGCUAAUUUAAUCGUUUUUGGAUCGAAAAACUCAGAUUCUAUUGAAGACAAAGUCCCAGGAUAUAAUGCUCCAAAUUUAAUUGUAUGUGCAGGCUGGAUGUUGAUUUUGUCGUCGAGUUUUUUGACACCAAUAGAAAAAUUCAAUAUUCCAAUUAUCAAUUUACAUCCUGCUUUACCUGGUGCAUUUGAUGGUACCCAUGCAAUUGAUAGAUGUUGGAAAGCUGGUCAAGAUGGUCUAAUUACCAAAGGUGGAGUGAUGAUUCAUAAAGUUAUACAAGAAGUUGACAGGGGCGAACCUUUAAUAGUUAAGGAGCUUAAUUUAAUCAUAGGCGAACCAUUAGAUGCCUAUGAAGACAGAGUUCAUAAAGUUGAACAUGUUGCUAUAGUAGAGGGCACUGUCAAAGCUUUGAAAGAAUUAGUUUUCAUCUAA